AUGAGCCUCACCUUUGUCGUUGUUUCCGUUCUCGCUUUGGCUUCUGGAACCGAAGCUGCCAUUUCUGGCAACUACAACUGUACCACCUAUAAUGGAACCUCGUUUGUCUACACUCCGGCAGCUGUCGCGUGCUCGAACGUCAUCUCUGAUGCUUCGUGUCAAGUUUUGUAUGCUGCCCCAGACACCCUCUACCCAGCUGCUGGAAAUGAUGCGGAGAGAGCGUAUGCUUGCUACACCACGGCCACGGCCACUCCAGCGGCGACUGUAAGUGAUAUGGUUACUGCUGCAAUUUCCACGUGCCCAAAGACUUGCGGCUUUUGCUGUGCCACCAGUGCAUAUUCCUGCUCUAAUGUUGCUUACCCACGUCUCACGUGCUCCUCCAUCACAGCUGCUCAGUGUGCUUCAUCCGUCUGGCGUACCAUCAUUGCCGAAGACUGUCCAGCCGCUUGUGGAUUCUGUAACGACGGAGGAUGUGUCGACUCUGUUGUGGCCUGCGCCAACGACAUCUCCAUCUGUACCACCGUCGGACUCCAAGACUUCGUGAACACCUACUGCCAGAAGACGUGCUCCAGAUGCGCAUCUUCCACCACAACUGCUUCUUCGUCUUCCAGCAGCUGCACUUCAUACACCGCUGACUCCAGCUCUGCCUGUGCAUCAUGGGCCGCCAAUGGAUUCUGUACCAACACCUUCUACACUGCUGCUACUCGCAAGUCAUAUUGUGCCACGACUUGCAAACUUUGCUAG